AUGACAGCGCUGCAGUUUGCUGCAUCUUCUGGAAUCAAAUUUGAAACUCACACAACUUCGACGUCUAAAAGCUCAAGAUUUACUGAUGAAACAGAGCUUUUGAAGAUGUCAGAGAGGUGUUCAGGCCCAGCUUGCACUGGAGAAGGAAAUGACCUGGACUCUUCUACUGUCAAUUUCAAGUACUGUAGAGAUUUUUGUUCUACAUCUUCAUUUCAAGAGAGUGACUACAGGGAGUUGUUAAAAUCUUACAGUUUUGAUAAUACAAAUAAAGAAUUUUUGGGAAAGAAGGAAAGAGGCUCAACAUUAAUUUAUGAACAUUCUGAAACUUCCAGUCUGGGCUUAACAUAUCCUUUAGAGUCUUCCAGUCAAAAAACCCAAUUUGUCUUCCCAAGGAAGGAAAGCGAUAAAACCCCAGAACUUUGUGAAACUCCUAAAGUCAGAGGGAAAAAGUUUUUACUGCGCAGAAGGUUGGAUAUAUCUUUCUCUCUUCUAACAGAGGACUUUGAAUCACAAAAUAGUUAUCCAGAAAGUAGCAUAAGUCAUGUACUCCACUUAGAAAAAAAUACACCAAGCAGUACUUCAGGUUCUCCAAGGCAAAGUAAUUUUAGUCCUUUAGUUACUGGUACUUUGAAAAUAGAAGCAGCGACUUCCAGCAGUCAAAAAUUGAGACUUAAUUUUUCUCAGCAGAAGACUUCCACAGUUGAUGAUCCCAAAGAUGACUGUAGCCUUUUUGAAGUUGAAUGUAUAUCUCCUAUUCAGGGCAAUAGUUUUAAAGAUUCUAUCACACAUGACUUUAGUGAUAGUCUGUGUGUUAACAAUGAGAAUACGUAUCCUGAACUCCUGGACUCCUAUGUUAGUGGAACUACCUGUGGAACAGAUGAGGACAUAUUUGUGACUCCAAUAAGUAAUCUUGUAGCCAACAUUAAAUUUAAUGCUAGUGAAAGUCUUUCUCCCUCAAAUGAAGUAAGAACUGGUAUUUCAACACCCGAAGACAGUGGUUUUAACUCACUUUGCUUGGAUAAAUCAGAAGAUUUCCUCUCUGACCAGGAGAGUUCUUUUCAAGAACUAUCUCAGAAACAUAAGGGCACUUUCAAAGUGGGGAAUACCAUAAAAAAGUCAAGGCGUCUUGGAAGAUGGAGAAGACUGUCCACACUUCGAGAGCAAGGCUCACAAUCUGAGACAGAGGAGGAAAAGCAGGUCAUUCACUCUGACCUUGAAGCAACACCAGCAGCUGCCUCAGACAGCUCAGAGAGUCAACUGAGUAGUGAUAAGAGUGAGGAUUUUAUUUUAGGCUUUAAGAAUUUAUCAAAAACUCCAGCCUUGCAAUUAGUGCAUGAACUCUUUAUGAAAAGCAAAAGGAAAAGAUUACAACAAAAUGGUGCACAUGAAUUCUUAGAAGAAAGGGACGGGGGGAAAAUAGCUGUAUUGCAAUGUGUACUUGCAGGACUCAUUGGCAAGAAAAUGGGCAUAGAGAAACUGGAUAUCUUAACAGAAUUAAAAUAUAGAAACUUAAAGCAUGUUCUUGCAAUGGUUUUAGAUUCCUUGACUGCAGAAAGUUUAUGCAGUGUUUGGAAGGUGAGCAGAAAUUGGCGUGAAAUUAUUAUUCAAGAUAAAAAAGCAAAUAAGAAGAGGAAAUUAUAUAUGACACAACUGAAAACAGAUUUUGAGGGACCUAUAUUAAAUGUUGAGGAUGCUGCUACUCGGCUCCAUCUUUUAAAUCGAUCAGCUUUAAGAUCUGUGCAAGCUCAGGCUAGGACCCCAGGUUCUCAGAAAGAACAAGUUUCAACAUUUUCUCCUUGGGGGGAAGUUUUGACGCCUAUUGCAAGCUCUUCUGUUACCCACUUAAGUAGCAAACAGGAAGCAUAUGUGAAGGUUGCCAAAACACUUUUUAUUGAUGAAGCAUUAAAACCUUGCCCACGUUGCCAGUCCCCUGCUAAAUACCAGCCAUAUAAGAAAAGGGGACUGUGCAGCCGCACAGCCUGUGGCUUUGACUUUUGUGCAUUAUGUUUGUGUGCUUACCAUGGGUCUGAAGAAUGUAGUAGAGCAGCAGCAAAGCCAAGAAAUAGAAAAGAUGCUCUUCCAGGAAGUGCCCAGAGUAAGCAGAAUUUAAAACGCCUUUAA